GAAAUUCUCAGAGCGUCUGCAGAAACCCUAAUCGGAGUUUCAAAUUAAAAUUCGGGCGGUUUUUUCUGUAAAUAAAAAUAAAUAAGGACCUGGAUUGAUAGGGAAUGGAGAAUUCGACGGGGAUGAAAGCGCAGGAGUUUGCUUUGGUCUCCAUCUCCGAGCUCGGCUCGUCUUCUUCUCCUUCGUCGCCGGCCGUUGCUAGGUUUAGCGCCGGUGAGAAUGGAGCUGCGGAGCUUCGGUUUCUGCCGGAGUCUGAGUCCGCCGCCGCUCCUGUCAAUGUCGAUCUUCGAGCUGCCAAGCUAUUCAAGUUAGGCCCGGUGCAGUCUGUUUGCAUAUCUGAAGGUUCUGAUACCGGCAAAGAGAACCAGAAAUUGUAUUCAAAGGGCCUUACAAUCCUGUUUAAAAUUGAGGAGGAGAGUGGAGCCUUCCAUAAUGCAUUCGAACAAUGGAAGAAGGAGCUUGCUGUUGAAGGAAAAUGUUUACCAAAUGGAGAGCUAUCAUCUUCCAAAAGCAAGUUUGAUGACAAAAUAGAGCCAUCUUCUGCCAAAAUGUACUUCCAUUACUAUGGACAAUUGCUACAUCAACAAAACAUGUUACAAGAUUAUGUGAGGACAGGAACCUAUUAUGCAGCGGUGAUCGAAAACCGUGCAGAUUUCACUGGUCGUGUGGUGGUUGAUGUUGGUGCCGGUAGUGGUAUUCUGUCAUUAUUUGCUGCUCAGGCUGGUGCAAAGCAUGUUUAUGCUGUGGAAGCAUCUGAAAUGGCAGAAUAUGCGCGCAAACUAAUUGCUGGGAACCCUUCACUGGGUGAAAGGAUAACUGUAAUCAAAGGUAAAGUUGAGGAUGUUGAGUUACCUGAGAAAGCAGAUAUUCUUAUCUCAGAGCCAAUGGGUACGUUGUUGAUAAAUGAAAGAAUGCUGGAGACAUAUGUGAUUGCAAGAGAUCGGUUUCUUCGGCCAAAUGGAAAAAUGUUUCCUGGAGUUGGAAGGAUACACAUGGCUCCUUUCAGUGAUGAAUAUUUGUUUGUUGAAAUUGCAAAUAAGGCUCUCUUCUGGCAGCAACAAAAUUAUUAUGGUGUUGAUUUGACACCCUUGUAUGGAUCUGCAUUUGAAGGAUAUUUUUCACAGCCUGUUGUAGAUGCUUUUGAUCCAAGAUUAUUGGUGGCUCCUUCUAUUUCUCACCUGAUAGACUUCAGUAAAGUAAAGGAAGAGGACUUGUAUGAAUUUGAUAUACCAUUACGGUUUGUGGCGUCUGUAGGCACUAGAGUGCAUGGGUUAGCAUGCUGGUUCGAUGUCUUGUUUGGUGGGAGCACUGUACAAAGGUGGCUUACCACCGCUCCUGGCUCACCAACAACCCAUUGGUACCAGUUACGCUGCGUUCUCUCGCAGCCAAUUUAUGUCAUGGCAGGACAAGAAAUAACUGGGCGACUCCACAUGAUUGCCCACAAUGCUCAAAGUUAUACAAUUUAUCUCACAUUAUCAGCUAAAAUGUGGGGCCCUGGUGCUGAACAAGGGGGUAUCAUUCAAUCAUCAUCAUGUAAACUUGAUCUCAAAGAGCCAUACUAUAGGAUGUCGCAGCCACAACCUUAUGUAAUGGCCCAAGAUCAACAGCCACAUCAGCAAUUACACUCACAGGAUGUACCCAUUGACUCUCAAGACUUUGACGACCAUGAGUUCAUUCCAUUGACAGAAUUUGCCAAAGAUAAAACUGGCGGUCUUUGAAGAACCUUAUGAUAUGCCCCUGUGUUUGUAACAUAGAACUGUUUUACUUCUAUGUGCUAGGCUUCCAAUGAAUCUGCCAUUUUUCGGUUCGUUAGUGUCUUCCUACUGUCUUAGUUAGCGUUUGCCCCUGUAAUUAUUUGAGUGCCUGUGGCAGAUUUGUGCUACGUUAUAUUGAUUUAACUAGGGUAUUAAUAAAACUUUCUGGCAAAUAUUUUCAAGUU